GCUCCGCGCCCACCGGACCGGGACGCUGGGGCCUGUUCCCGGUGCCGGGGGCUGCGGGCCUGUCCCGGACGGCUCCACGGCGGUGGCGGCGGCGGCGCGAUGGACAGCCCCGAGGUCACCUUCACGCUGGCCUACCUGGUGUUCGCGGUGUGCUUCGUGUUCACGCCCACCGAGUUCUACUCGGCCGGGCUCACGGUGCAGAACCUGCUGUCGGGCUGGCUGGGCAGCGAGGACGCCGCCUUCGUGUCCUACCACCUGCGCCGCACGGCCGCCACGCUGCUGUGCCACUCUCUGCUGCCGCUUGGCUACUACGUAGGUAUGUGCUUCGCAGCCUCGGAAAAGCAGCUCUACUCCCCAAGCCAGGCCCCGGAGGCCUGGCAGCUCUUCCUCAUGCUGGCAGUGACCCUGCCAACUAUCACCUGCACCCUGAUCUACUACUGGUCCCGGGACCGGUGGGCCCACCACCCACUGGCCCGCACCCUGGCCCUCUACGCCCUUCCACAGUCGGGGUGGCGGGCCGUCGCUUCCUCCGUCAACACUGAGUUCCGGCGUAUUGACAAGUUUGCCACGGGGGCACCAGGAGCCCGUGUGAUCGUGACAGAUACGUGGGUGAUGAAGGUGACCACGUACUGUGUGUACGUGGCCCAGCAGCAGGAUGUGCAGCUGACUGUGACGGAGUCACAGCAGCAUGAGCUCUCGCCGGACUCCAACCUGCCAGUGCAGCUCCUCACCAUUCGUGUGGCCAGUACCAGCCCUGCUGUGCGGGCCUUUGACAUCCGGCUGAACUCCACGGAGUACGGCGAGCUGUGUGAGAAGCUCCGGGCACCCAUCCGCCGUGCGGCCAACGUCGUCAUCCACCAGAGCCUGGGCGACCUGUUCCUGGAGACGUUUGCCUCCCUGGUGGAGGUCAACCCGGCCUAUUCAGUCCCCAGCAGCCAGGAGCUGGAGGCCUGCAUUGGCUGCAUGCAGACACGUGCCAGUGUGAAGCUGGUGAAGAUGUGCCAGGAGGUGGCUGAGGGCGAGUGCCAGCAGUGCUACUGCCGCCCCAUGUGGUGUCUCACCUGCAUGGGCAAGUGGUUUGCCAGCCGCCAGGACCCACAGCGCCCUGACACUUGGCUGGCUAGCCGUGUGCCCUGCCCUACCUGCCGCGCACGCUUCUGCAUCCUGGAUGUGUGCACCGUGCGCUGAACCGGCCAGGCCUGGGCGAGGGAGCAGCCUUGGGGGUCCUGGCCAGCCCUUCCAGGGCCCCUGCAGCCACCUUGGGGAGCAGCCAGGUCCCCAGGCCCAGAGCUCUUUUCCCAGCUGGAGGACUCACCUCUGCCCUGAGGCUGUCAAAGAGUAGGGGUGGGGGCCCUUCUCUGUUGAAGGCAUGGCAGUGGCAGCGGGGUGAGUCUUUGGCACCUCUGCCUCCUUCGCUCCUGUUCCUCAGGGUAGGGGCUGUGUUGGACACAGGGAACACAGCCUUGAGCCCAUCUCCAGGGCAUUCCAGGGCCUCUCGAGCUGUCUUCUGGGAAACCCCAGGAUCUCUACCUUGGGCCGUUUGCCUUAUUUUUACUGAGCACACCUACCGCUGAGUUACUCUCGGACCCAGAUUCCUCCAAGACUGACUGAAGCCUGUCUUUCUGCUCCUGUGUCCAAGCCAGCUGCUGGCCCUGUGGUGUUGGCGCCUCACCACCCCUCAAUCCCCCAAAGGCUGCUCUGAGCACCCAGGGCAGAGCCUGUCUGUGGAGGGGGAGACCUAGGGUACCACCACUUCAGGGUGAGAGCACCACCCAGGGCUUCCCCUCAGAGGCUGGGUGAGGGGCUGGUUGCUCUUAGCUGCUGUUCCCUUAGCUGUGUGUUCGUGGGAGCCGCCCACCCCCUAGAGGCGCAUUUACUCACAUGUCUUUUGCUGCCCCUGAGUCCAGGGAAGGGCCAAGCCUCAGAUUCCCAGCUAGGGGUGCGCGUUGAGCUGAAAACCAAGUGCCACCGAGACAUCCUAUAUCCAGACAACAGGGCUGUUGGGACACAGCACAGGGCUGGCCAGAACCCCCCAGGGUCCAUCUGCUUCAGAAGGGGAUAUGCCCAGUGGUCAAGGGGCUGAUGGGUGUGAUCCCAAUUUCUAGUGGCAUAGGUGGGGAGGGGAGGGCAGUGCCAGGCCCCAGGGCCCAGCUCUGACAGCUGUGGCUGCUGGAGGGGACCCUUGUUUGGAGCCCUCAAGCUCUAGGGGGCCUUAAGUCCCCUAAACGUGGCUGGCUUAAGCAGGACUGAUGGACCCAGCCGGCCUGAGUCACCCAAGGCCAUACUAAACCCCGGGAACUUGGGAGCGGAGAAGGCCCAGCUCUGUGGGCUCCCAGGGCACUGGGCAGAUGAAGGCCACCAGGGCUGGCAGCCAGGAGCCACGCCCCGCUGCAGCCUAGAGUUCCUGUGCUGCUAGGGGAGGGCUGCGUCUGGGGUAAUUUUUAGCACAAAAGGUUAAUUUUAUAAAGAAACAUCUGUUGUAGCAAAGUGAUACAGUAUUUAAUAAAAUGUUAGUUUGAAGUUUA